CAGCAGCAUGAGGACCUGUCCACUAAGAAGCUGCGUCUGACCAAGCCCAGCAAGUCAGCGGCACUUCAUGUUGACCUGUGCAAAGCCACCUCGCCUGCAGAUGCCUUGCAGUACCUGCUGCAGUUUGCCAGGAAGCCCGUGGAAGUGGAGAGUGUGGAAGGGGUUGUCAGGAUCCUGCUGGAACAUUAUUACAAGGAGAAUGAUGCCUCUGUAAGACUGAAGAUUGCAUCCUUGCUGGGCUUGUUGUCAAAGACUGCAGGAUUUUCCCCAGACUGCAUUAUGGAUGAUGCCAUCAACACACUUCAAAAUGAGAAGUCUCACCAAGUCCUUGCUCAGCUGCUGGAUACCCUGUUAGUGAUCGGCACAAAACUCCCGGAGAAUCCGUCUGUCAGGUUGAGGCUGGUAGAGGUAGCCUGCAAGCAUCUGACAGAUUCUUCUCAUGGUGUAAGAAAUAAGUGUCUUCAGUUAAUUGGCUGUCUUGGACCAGUGGAAAAAGGUGUUGCAAAAGAAACUGAAAGCCAAGCUGCCAAAGAUGUCCAGAAGAUAAUAGGAGAUCAUUUUAAUGACCAGGACCCUCGUGUUAGGACUGCAGCUAUAAAAGCCAUGCUGCAGCUUCAUGAAAGAGGAUUAAAACUACACCAAGCUAUUUACAGUCAGGCCUGCAAGCUGUUGGCAGAUGACUAUGAGCAAGUGCGCAGUGCUGCAGUUCAGCUCAUUUGGGUCCUCAGUCAACUUUACCCAGAAAGCAUCGUCCCUAUUGCUUCCUCUAAUGAAGAAAUUCGCUUGGUUGAUGAUGCCUUUGGAAAAAUUUGUCAUAUGGUUAGUGAUGGUUCCUGGGUUGUUAGAGUACAAGCUGCAAAGUUGUUGGGUUCUAUGCAACAAGUUAGCUUCCAUUUCUUAGAGCAGACCCUUGACAAGAAGCUCAUGUCAGAUCUGAGGAGGAAGCGUACUGCACAUGAACGAGCCAAGGAACUCUACAGCUCUGGGGAGUUUUCAAGUGGCAGGAAAUGGGGAGAUGAUGCUCCCAAAGAAGAAAUUGAUACUGGUGCUGUAAACUUGAUUGAAUCGGGAGCUUGUGGGGCUUUCGUUCAUGGCCUGGAAGAUGAGAUGUAUGAGGUUCGAAUCGCUGCGGUGGAAGCCCUCUGCAUGUUGGCUCAGUCCUCACCUGCUUUUGCAGAGAAGUGCCUGGAUUUUUUGGUUGACAUGUUUAACGAUGAAAUUGAGGAGGUGAGAUUGCAGUCAAUACACACAAUGAGGAAAAUUUCCAACAAUAUCACGCUGCGGGAAGACCAGCUGGAUACUGUGCUGGCUGUUUUGGAGGAUUCUUCAAGGGACAUUCGGGAAGCACUUCAUGAGCUGUUGUGCUGCACCAAUGUUUCAACGAAAGAAGGCAUCCAUCUUGCACUGGUGGAGCUGCUGAAAAACCUGACCAAGUAUCCCACAGACAGAGAAUCCAUAUGGAAGUGCUUGAAGUUCCUGGGAAGCAGGCAUCCCACUCUGGUGCUUCCAUUAGUCCCAGAGCUGCUGAGCACACAUCCGUUCUUUGACACUCCGGAGCCAGACAUGGAUGACCCAGCCUACAUUGCUGUUCUGGUUCUGAUUUUUAAUGCUGCUAAAAGUUGCCCAACGAUGCCUGCCCUGUUCUCUGACCACACGUUCAGACAUUACGCGUAUCUUCGGGACAGUCUCUCGCAUCUGGUCCCUGCGUUAAGAUUGCCAGGUAGAAAGCUGGUGUCCUCCCCUGUCUCUCCCAGUAUUACCCCACAUGAAGAUCCUUCCCAGCAGUUCCUGCAUCAGAGCCUGGAGAGGGUUUACAACCUUCAGCACCUUGACCCACAGGGCAUACAGGAGCUGCUGGAAUUCACCAUCCGUGAUCUUCAGAGGCUUGGAGAACUGCAGUCAGAGCUGGCAGGGGUGGCAGAUUUCACUGCAACUUACCUUCAGUGUCAGCUGCUCCUUAUCAAGGCCUUGCAGGAGAAGUUGUGGAAUGUGGCAGCACCUCUAUACCUGAAACAGAAUGCCUUAGCAUCUGCUGCAGCAAAACAGAUCUUGGAAGAAACUUAUAAAAUGGAGUUCAUGUACAGCGGAGUGGAAAGUAGACAAGUGGUCAUUAUUCACCACAUGAGACUGCAAGCAAAGGCCUUGCAGCUUAUAGUGACUGCACGUACCACUAGAGGAGUGGAACCCCUUUUUGGGAUGUGUGAAAAGUUCCUACAAGAAGUGGAUUCCUUUCAGAGAUGUUUCAUCUCUGAGCUCCCACAUAUGCAAGGCAGUUUUGUAGAUAAAUUGCUGGACUUAAUGCCCAGACUUGUGACAUCCAAGCCUUCAGAAGUGGUUAAGAUUCUUCAGACAACACUGCGACAAAGUACCUUCCUUCACCUUCCUCUUCCAGAGCAGCUCCAUAGAGCUACUGCAAAUAUCAUUGAGCCUACUGGUGAAUCUGAUAAUCCCCUGAGGUUUACAUCAGGGUUGGUUGUGGCACUGGAUGUUGAUGCAACUCUGGAACAUGUGCAGGAUCCCCAAGGAACUGUUAAAGUUCAGGUACUGUAUCCAGAUGGACAAGCACAGCUAAUCCAUCCGAAACCAGCUGACUUCCGAAAUCCAGGCCCUGGGAGGCACAGGCUGAUAACUCAGGUUUACCUCUCGCACACAGCCUGGACAGAGCCAUGUCAGAUUGAAGUGCGGUUGCUUCUGGCUUACAGUUCCAACAGGAGCAAGGCAUCUGCUAGAACUCCUAAAUCCACCUGGAACGAGAGCUUGGAGGCUCUCCCACCAUCUGAAAAUGGCAUAGAGGGGACCAUACCAUUCAGCAAACCUGUCAAGGUGUAUAUCAUGCCUAAACCUGCCAGGAGGUGA